AUGGGCAAACGAGGCGGCAGAAAGGGAAACCGCGGCGGCAGAGGUGGCGGCGGUGCCCGCGCAGAGCGCUCCACCAAUUGGCACGAGAUUCCCCGUACCAACGAGAAGCUCGAGAGAUACUACAAUGAGCCGGAAUUUAUCCCAGAGGAGGAGAAGGAGGAGUUCUGGAAUGCUAUCAAGAGAGAUCUGCCCAACAGCUUCCGCUUCACGGGCUCGCGUGGUCAUGCGCUUGCUGUGCAAGAGCGCCUGAAGAACUUCUAUGUCCCACAAAUCACUUCUAUCGAGUACGAGGGCCAGAAGGUCCAGCCGCCACAGCCCGUCGAGUGGUACCCGGACCAGCUUGCUUGGUCGAUGACCACUCCCAAGCAGGUUAUUCGCCGCCAUGCACCCUUCGCUUCGUUCCAAAAGUUCCUUGUUGCCGAGACCGAAGUCGGAAACAUCAGUCGCCAGGAGCUCGUCAGCAUGAUCCCGCCUCUCCUCAUCGAUAUCCGGCCCGGAAUGACUGUUCUGGAUAUGUGCGCUGCGCCGGGUAGCAAGUCAGCACAGCUGAUGGAGGCUCUCCAUGCCGGCGAGGAGGAUACCAUUCUGGAGGCCGCUAAGCAGGUCAAAGAGGGCAAUGCUGGGCCAGAGCCUUUGGGCCCCGAGGGCUUGAAUGAUGAUGGUCGCACUACUGGUCUGUUGAUCGCCAACGACAGUGAUUACAAGCGUGCGCAUCUCUUGAUCCACCAGAUGAAGCGUCUGAGCUCUCCCAACCUGAUCGUGACGAACCAUGAUGCUACUAUGUACCCCUCUAUCAAGCUUCCUCCUCUACCUGUUCCCGAGGGCCAGCGCCCUAUCAACCGAUACCUGAAGUUCGACCGCAUCCUCGCCGACGUGCCUUGCUCUGGUGACGGUACUGCUCGGAAGAACAUUGGUGUGUGGAAAGAUUGGAGCCCAGCCAGUGCUCUGGGUCUUCACACCACUCAGGCUCGCAUUCUGGUUCGCGCCUUGCAGAUGCUCAAGGUUGGUGGACGUGUUGUCUACUCUACUUGCAGUAUGAACCCCAUUGAGAACGAGGCUGUCAUUGCUAGCGCCAUUGAGCGCUGCGGUGGGGCUGCCAAUGUGAAGAUCAUUGACUGCAGUGAAGAGCUGUCCGGUCUGAAGCGUCGGCCUGGUCUGAAGAGCUGGAAGGUCAUGGACCGUGAGGGUCGUAUCUGGAGCAGCUGGGCGGAAGUCAAGGAACAGAGAGAGCAGGAGAGCAGUAGCAAUGGCUUAGCCCGUCUGGCCGAGGGAAUGUUCACUCCUUCUGGAGAGACCGCCGAGCUGCCGCUCGAACGCUGCAUGCGUGUUUACCCUCACCUCCAGGAUACUGGUGGCUUCUUCAUUACUGUCCUUGAGAAGACCUCCGAGAUCAAGGCCAAGCCCGAGAACUCCGCCAGCGUCAUUCCGCUCCUGCCCAAGGGAUCCGUUGCAGCUCUUGCUGCCGAGCUUGACUCGCGUAACAAUGAAAACGGCGAGCCUUACCAGAAGUUGGACUCUCUGGAUGAUCUUGUCCCCGCCGACGCGGAAGUCGAGGCUGAGAUUGCGAAGAACGCAACGGUCGCUGAGGCUUCCAACCAGCCUCCUUACUCGGUGACUCUUGAUGCUUCGCAGCCAGCCUCUCCCGUUAAGCGCGAGGGUGAUGAGUUGGAUGAGGAGCUUCCUGCUAAGAGGACCAAGCUUGAGAAUGGCAGUGAGGUCUUGGUCGGUGACCGCCCUAUCCACCGUCCUCCCCCGACCGUUCAAGUGGAACAAAUGGAUACUUCAACUGAUAACACUCCCGCACCCACUGCCCCAGGCCCAGUGUCUCAGGGUUUCAAGAAGAAGGUUGUCCAAGAAGAGCCCUACAAGUAUCUGGACCCCAAUCACCCAGAGCUGGUCCCAGUCUACGAGUUCUUUGAACUGUCAGAACGGUUCCCCCGUGACCGAUGGAUGGUGCGCAAUGCAGAGGGCCAGCCCACCCGAACUGUUUACUACACCAGCGCCCUGGCUCGGGACAUUCUUACCAUGAACGAGCGCUCCGGCAUGAAGUUCGUCCACUGCGGUGUUAAGAUGUUCGUGAAGCAGGAUGCACAGCGCGAGAACGUCUGCCGCUGGCGUAUCCAGACGGACGGAUUGAAGAUCAUUGAGCCUUGGCUGGGUGAUGUUCGCACCGUCACCCUGACCCAGCGGGAGACGCUGCGUCGCCUGCUCAUCGAGAUGUUCCCCAAGGUCAACGACAAUGGUUGGAAACAACUCGAUGAGAUUGGUGAGCGCGUGAAGGAUAUUCCCAUGGGCUGCAGUAUCUUGCGCAUCGAGCCCAGCGGCAAGGAAGAUGGCCUUACCGAGCGGAUGGUUCUGCCCCUCUGGCGCUCCCUGCACUCUAUCAACCUCAUGCUUCCCAAGGAAGAUCGCCGCGCCAUGCUCCUGCGUAUCUUCAAUGAUUCCACGCCCGUCAACAACAACUCUGUGAAGAACCAGAAGGGCUCGCAAAGGCAGGCAGAGACUGUCAUUGAGGCUUCCGAGUCCGAUGCCAUCGAUGCCAUCGAGCCUCCCGCGGCGAUUGAGGACGACGCUCUGAAGAAGGAGAACCUUGCAUUGGGUCAAGACGAGCAAGAGCAGGUUGACACGCGAGAGACCUACACCAAGGCUGGCGAUGAGGAGGACCGAUUCAAUACCACUGUCUAG